AUGGCGUAUUUUCUGGAUACGUCGUAUGCCGGAGAGGCGCUCCUCUCGGGCUUCAACUGGUUUGAUGGGGUAGAUCCAUCUCAUGGAUUUGUUGCACAAAAUGCCGAGCAAAUGGGCCUCUACAGCAUCGACCACAAUUCAGGGGUUGUCAGAAUAGGAGUCGACAGCACGCAGAGGUAUUCAACUUUGGAUCAAGGUCGACCGAGCAUUCGAAUCGAAAGCAAAGAAACGUAUGAGCAUGGUCUCUUUAUUGCAGAUUUUUUACAUAUGCCCCCAUCCCACUGCGGUCUGUGGCCAGCGUUCUGGUCAUAUGGCGAUAACUGGCCCUAUGAUGGCGAGAUCGACAUCAUAGAAGGCGUCAAUAUGGCGCAUAACAACAUCAUAUCUGCGCACACUGCAGAUGGCUGCAUCCAGGGCUCGUCCAUCAACGGCCUCUAUAGUGGCCAGCAGCUAAACACGCAAUGCGCCGUGGGAACCUACAACAUUGGCUGUGGCUUCAAUCCUUCCUCUGACGACCUCUCAUCAUAUGGCGACGGGUUCAACGCCGCUCAUGGAGGCGUCUACGCCAUGGAGUGGAACGAAGAACAUAUCCGUAUCUGGCACUUUGCUCGUGGAUCGAUUCCUCGCGAUAUCGAGAACAAGGAGCCGGACCCCGAGAGCUGGGGACAGCCAGUGGCCAUUUUUGGAGGCUCUAGCUGUGAUGUGGACACGUAUUUCAAGAACAUGAGACUUGUUCUCAACAUUAACUUUUGCGGAGAUUAUGGCAAUGCCGUCUGGGGCAAAUUAGACACAUGCAACCAAUUUGCGCCCACAUGCGCUGAAUACGUAGCUGAGAACCCAGAGGCUUUUGCAAACGCCUUCUGGGAUGUGCGAUAUAUCGAUGCGUACCAGUUUCGCCCUGGAAAUCAUAACCCGCAACCGCAUCGGCCAGACCACUGGGAACCCACGACGACAACGACAAUGACUACUCGGGUCACCGAAACUGUGACUGUAUUCGGGCCCGGGAACCAGCAUCGCCCUCCAUUCCUUAACAGCACUCGCGGUCCUACCGGUCCUCACGUUCCUGUUGUGUCGAUCGAGCCUGUUGCCACCAAGGCCCCUGUCAAUCCCAUCAAGAUAAAAGAUUAUUCGUACCUUGGAUGUUUUCAUUCGAGCAGUGACUUCAAAUCAUUCCGCGAAGUCAAUUCUGGGAAAGACAUGGCUCUCCAGAAAUGUAUUGAUCUCUGUCAUGAACAGAAAUACGUUGGUAUGUUCGACACCCGCUGCUUCUGCGCCGACCGUCUUGAUGCCCGUACAGCAGCAACUCAAAAGGAGGGCCUUUGCAACCACGCCUGCCCAGGAAGAAAUCGUGAAUUCUGCGGCGGCAUCAUUGGACGUGGAGGCGACGGCGAAGGCCAACUUCCACAGAAAUUCUCCAACUCCACGUCAUCUUCAUUAUAUUCGCCUUUUGCGCUCACUGUAUACGGCCGUGUUGCGGAGGAAAAGCCCAAAGCUCCUCCGGCUAUGGCGCCUGGCUCGAACGAGGUCGCUCCCAAGGCCUAUCCUCACAGACCGUCUUGGACUACUAAAGUUGCCGAGGUGACUGUCUUUCCGGUUUCUGAGCAAGGUUGGCAAGAACACAGCGAGGGCUGGUGGAGCCAUGAAAGCUGGAAUGGCAAUAGCUGGCAUGACGAUGGCAAUGGGGGAGAGAAGUCCGCGUGGAAGAAUGGAAGAGAGGAACAAAAAGAUGGCGAGCAUAAAGAAGAUGGGCAACACAAAGACUAUAAAGGAGAACCUGCCAAUGGCGACAACAAGUCGAAAUGGAAUCCAGCGAAACCUGAGAUCACCGAGGUUGUGAUUCCGGUGACGAAGACGGUUACGGAUUGUCCUGAAAGCACGACGACGAAGGAACAGAUCGUGAUACCGCCUUCUGGACCGAAGCCUUGGGAUCCUGCUGCUCCUAAAGAGCACUGGAGCUCUGUGCCUCCUUUUGGUCCUCUGCCACCAUCGCCUACACCUGUUUAUCCCAAGGAUUACCAGGAGCACUGGAGUUCUGUCCCUCCGUUUGAUCCUUUACCGCCUUCAGCUACUCCUGCGCCUCUGCAUGAUGAUGUUGAGUCUCAUCUGCCCCCUCAUGAUGAAGAUGCUCCACUUCCACCUCCAUUCCAGACAGGCGCGCAUCCCCCAUUCCCUCAAGUGAUUGUUGCAGCAGCACCGGGAAAUCACGAGGGUAAGAAGUAUCUUGUGAUUAUGGGACUGAGCGUACUGGCUAUUUUCAUGGGAGUGUUGUAA